CGUGCACCCGGAAACUGAAAAGUGGCAACAAAAGCAGCGCUUUCUGCAGGCAAUAUACAACCUCAGGGUGUGCUGCUCUGUGUAUAAACGCACAGUGAUGGUGAUUAUCUGGGGAAGAGUUUGACAGGUGGAACCAGAACUUACUGGCUCUCUUAUGAAUGUCAGUCAAGAGAGGGAAUCUGCCCAGCAUCAUGUCGGAUAAAAGUGAGCUGAAAGCUGAGCUGGAGAGAAAGAAACAGCGUCUGGCUCAGAUCAGAGAGGAGAAGAAGAGAAAAGAGGAGGAGCGCAAGAAAAAAGAGGCGGAGCUGAAGAAAGAGGCCGCUCCCCUGGAGGAUUCAGAUCUAGAGAAGAAGCGUAGAGAGGCCGAUGCUCUGUUACAGAGUAUGGGCAUCACACCUGACGUACCUGUAGUUCCUGCACCAGUGUCUCCCACAGCCAAAUCUAUAGGCACUCCAAGUGAGGCAGGUAGCCAAGACUCAGGAGAUGGUGCCACAGGACCAAGACGUGGGCCGCUGAAGUUGGCCAUGGCGAAGAUGACCCACGUAGACUUUCCACCCAAAGAGGUAGUGUCUUACACCAAGGAAACGCAGACACCCACCGUGACAGAGCAGAAAGAGGAGGAAGAGGAGGAAGAGACCCCUCCCUCACAGCCAGCAGUCGAGGCCGAGAAAGAGAAACCAGUGGAGAAACUGGAGGAUGAAGCGCCCCCUCAUGAGCUCACAGAGGAGGAGAAGUUACAGAUCCUGCACUCUGAAGACUUCAUGGAGUUUUUCGACCACAGCACACGCAUCAUGGAGCGUGCUCUCUCUGAACACGUGGAUGUUUUCUUUGACUACAGCGGCCGUGACAUGCAGGAGAAGGAGGGUGAGAUGCAGGCUGGAGCCAAACUGUCUCUAAACAGGAAGUUUGUUGAUGAGCGCUGGUCCAAACAGCGAGUGGUCACAUGUCUGGAUUGGUCCCCACAGUAUCCUGAGCUGCUGGUCGCCUCUUAUAACAACAAUGAGGAAGCUCCACAUGAGCCUGAUGGAGUGGCUUUGGUCUGGAACAUGAAGUACAAGAAGACCACACCGGAGUAUGUCUUCCACUGUCAGUCUGCAGUCAUGUCUGCAGCAUUUGCAAAGUUUCAUCCUAACCUGGUGGUCGGUGGGACUUACUCGGGACAGAUCGUCCUGUGGGACAACAGAAGUAACAAACGCACACCUGUCCAGAGGACACCUCUGUCUGCUGCCGCCCACACGCACCCAGUGUACUGUGUUAAUGUGGUCGGCACGCAGAAUGCUCAUAACCUCAUUAGCAUCUCUACGGAUGGGAAGAUGUGCUCCUGGAGUCUGGACAUGCUGUCCCAGCCACAGGACAGUAUGGACCUGGUGUUUAAGCAGUCUAAAUCCGUUGCAGUCACCUCCGUGUCCUUCCCUCUGGGUGAUGUUAAUAACUUUGUGGUGGGGAGUGAGGAUGGAUCAGUGUACUCAUCCUGUCGCCAUGGCAGUCGUGCAGGGAUCAGUGAGAUGUUUGAGGGGCAUCAUGGUCCAAUCACGGGUAUUCACUGUCACACUGCAGCAGGGCUGGUUGAUUUCUCUCAUCUCUUCCUGACCGCCUCAUUUGAUUGGACCGUUAAACUCUGGAGUACCAAGAAUAACAAGCCAUUGUACUCAUUUGAGGAUAACUCCGAUUAUGUGUAUGAUGUCAUGUGGUCUCCGGUGCACCCCGCUCUCUUUGCUUGUGUGGACGGACUCGGACGCAUCGACCUGUGGAACCUCAACAAUGACACAGAGGUACCCACUGCCAGCAUGGCUGUUGAUGGUAGUCCUGCUCUAAACAGAAUGCGCUGGUCUCAGUCGGGCAGAGAAAUCGCCGUGGGAGACUCGGAGGGACAGAUCCACAUUUACGACGUUGGCGAGCAAAUCGCAGUCCCACGAAGUGAUGAAUGGACACGCUUUGUGCGGACGCUGGCUGAGAUUAACGAAAAUCGUGAUGAUGCAGAAGAACUGGCCGCCCAGCGUCUCGCCGCUUGAUCAUUAUGGAAACCAACACCAAUCCAGAGAUCUCAGAAACAAACAGCCCGAGACAAUGACCACUGUAAUCAUCUCUCUCUUUGGAAAUUAAAUUGGUUUUUGUGUGCAAACCUUUGACUCUGCCUUUUGUUUGUAAAAAAAAUCUGAAACCUGGACUGUAGAUUUGAGUCUCACUUCAUGACCAGAAGCCUUAACAUUCACUUGCAAACAAAACCCCCAAAAAUAUAAUGAAUGUUUCUCAGUUUAUAUCCAGGUACCUCUGAGCCUGAUAAUCUCUGGGUUUAUUAUACACAGCCAAAGAGAAGCAUCUACAUGAGUGAAUCACACAAAACAUGUCAAUAACAUAUCCAGGUCAUGUUUUACAACCAAAUCUAAAGAAUAAAUGAUGGUGAUGAUUCAUGAUUUAAAAAAAUAUAUUAUAUAUUAGUUCUUUCUUUUGAUUUUGUGUUGAAAUAUGACGCAUAUCUGUUCUUGCCUGGUUCUGUGAGAUUCAUUCAACCCAUCUACACUAUUCUCAAUACUAGAGUAAUCAUUGUAUUCUUUCAAACUAAAUAAGAACUAGAGAGAAUUCUAGAGAUCUGCAUCUUUAACUCUAGAUCUGCUCCAUGGGUCACAAAUUCAACAUCACAUCAGUUUGUUGUUGAGUUCUGUUGUCUUGCUGUGGACAAAACACUAGUGACUUGUAACUUUCAAAUCUUUGUUCUUUUUCAAAUCUCAAUUCUCAUGCUGUAAAGUGUUGUAAUGAAAUCUUUUCCUCUUCACCCGAGUCUCCUUUUUAUGAUGCACAUCAAUAUAUAGUGCUUGUUUUCAAACUAUCUGAACUAUUUAAAGCAUCUCAUUUUGAGAGCAAGGUCUUCCACCUCAGUAUUACACAUCUGUUUGAAACGGUCACAGUAGCUUUUGCGGAACCUCUUUGAAUGUCUUUUUAUAUUUACUAAUUCUUUUUCUAAGCCAGAACUUUGGCAAAUCUGUUCUUACUUACCUCAGUCAGUUUGAAGUCCUCAGUCUGUACUGUCAUACUUGAGAGAUGAAAGUAAUCAGGAUUUUGUUUUUCAAAAACAUUCCUUGCAACUAUUUCCGACAGUAUUUGUCAUGUUUGAAUGUCCAAUAAAUCUGCAUUUCA